CCCCGUCUUGUCCUCCCGCUCCUCCGCUCCAAAAGCAACCAGAAGCUAUUCGUGUUUAGGCUACAGGCGGAGUUUUUGAGAACUGGGAAGAAUUUGACAAACUUUGUUGAUCCCAACGUAGUCUAAACGGACCGCAGCGCUUCGCUGCCAGUCGUUAUAGAGACAUCGAUUAGUUUACUGUGUAUGUCGACUUCAAUUUAAAUAAAUUACAGUUCCUCUUUUCAUGGAAUAUGAAGAACAACGUCAGGAGGAUGAGAUCUUGACCGAAUCAUGCAUAGAUAUUUAUUUUUUCUUUUAUCAAACAUCGCGUUGUCUGUCUUGUUUAAAGCGCGGUUAGGACGGAGCUGUUUUUGCAUAUUUAUUUUUUCUUCCCAUCGUUUUUUAAAAUGAUUGUUGUUUAAUUCAAACGGACAUGGCUAACUGACAUAAUAGACGUUUUUUUAAAUGAUUGUUGUUUAAUUCAAACGGACAUGGCUAACUGACAUAAUAGACGUUUUUUAAAAUGAUUGUUGUUUAAUUCAAACGGACAUGGCUAACUGACAUAAUAGAUGUUUUUUAAAAUGAUUGUUGUUUAAUUCAAACGGACAUGGCUAACUGACAUAAUAGAUGUUUUUUAAAAUGAUUGUUGUUUAAUUCAAACGGACAUGGCUAACUGACAUAAUAGACGUUUUUUUAAAUGAUUGUUGUUUAAUUCAAACGGACAUGGCUAACUGACAUAAUAGAUGUUUUUUUAAAUGAUUGUUGUUUAAUUCAAACGGACAUGGCUAACUGACAUAAUAGACGUUUUUUAAAAUGAUUGUUGUUUAAUUCAAACGGACAUGGCUAACUGACAUAAUAUUUUUUUUUUUGUGACGUGGGAAGUUAAUUUGAAUUGAAUAUGAAAACUUAACUUUUCCAUGUAAACCAAUUUUGAGAGUUUUCCACUUCGCCAACUCUCUCGGACCAUUAGUCUAUAACCAAUGUGGUGUCAACUGGAAGGACGCGUGGUCCGGAUCUCACCUAAACGUUGAUACGUGUUGGGAGUGAUGCACUGGCUUCCCCUGGUUGCCAUGGUGAUCGCCUCGGCCCUGCCCUUCCCUCACAGCCCUGUGACUAGUACUGUUGCUGCGAUGACGGAGCCUGGCAGUAGCCUGGACGACCACACAGAGGACAUCGAUGACUCUUCCAGUCACUCCCCCGGAUCUUACUCCACACUUCCAGCUCCUGAGGCCUACAAUGUGGACUACAAGGACUACAAUAACCCCUCCAUAAUUAAAGAGGAGGUGCAAGCUUUGAAAGGGAAGCGAAAACAACAAAGUUAUUUGUCAAAAAGCAAUUUUCAUACAGAAAACACGAACAGCGUUGGUUUAAAUAAAUAUUCUAACACUGAUGGAGGAAAACUCAGGAGCACCAAUGGCAGCAGUCAUCAGGACUACCCCUCCCAGGAGAGCUAUGUACUAGGGGACUAUAAACCAGACAGCAGCAGAGCUGGUGAUGACAGCAGCUUUAGAGACAUGGCUCAGAAGGAAAACCAUCAUCACUCUCUAGACCCCAGGACCGAUGAACAGGAUCUCAGACCUCCCAACAUGUAUGUGGUGGAAACUUACAAACCUUCCACUAAUGCUGGACACCACAGUAAAACUGGGCCAGAUCCCUCCAGUCAGAGGACCCCGCAGAAAGCAGAGGCUAGGACAGAGAGCAGUGAUAACAGGGGAGAGGAGGGGAUGGAGGGUGGGCCUGGGGCAGGGGCUGGGAAAGGUCCGGAUCUGUCAGAGGAAGGAAUGGAAGUAGGACUAGGGUUAGGGCUGGGUCAGGGGCUGGGAGGUGUAAAGGAGAAGCAAGAGCUGCUGUUUUUAGAUGCACACCCACGGGUCCUUUUCUCUUCCUCUCCUCCAGAGCACCCGCCCCUCCUUCUCAUGCUGGAGUCAGGCAUGUUGCCCAUAGAAGGAGAGGACAAGGAGGAAGAGGAGGAGGAGGAGGAAGUGUCGGACGCAGACGGACACAUGGAGGGUCAUGGGGACCGAGAGAUGGACGGGAGUGUGCCGCUGAGCUGGGUGGACACUCUAAGGGGGGCCAGGGAGCCCCCUCGCCCCGCCCCCAGGCACAAGCGCUCACACUUGCCCCACACCGGGCGGGGUGAGAUGCCGGUGUGUGAGUCGGAGAGCGUGUGGGUAACGGACAAGACGACGGUAUUCGACGAUAGGGGUAAAACAGUCAACAUCGUGCCAGAGAUCAAGACAGUCAAGGGGGCGCUGAAGCAGUACUUCUAUGAGACUCGCUGCCGCCAGGAGGGGCAGCAGAGGGGCGGUGGGCCGCAGCGGGAGGCAGGGGGGGCAGGGGCCUCGGCAGCAGGAACAGUGACAGGACCCGUAGGUGUGUCCGGGGCCAGCUGCCGGGGCGUGGACAUCAGACAGUGGGUGAGUCAGUGUAAGGCCAAGGACACAUAUGUCCGAGCCCUCACUGUUGACAACAACGGUCUGCAGGGCUGGAGGUGGGUCCGCAUCAACUCGUCCUGCGUGUGUGUCCUACUGUCCAGAGUAACCAGGAAAAACAGAGGAAGGGAGUGAGGGCAGGAGAUGGAGGAAAGGUGGAGAGGAUAAUGUGGAAGAAAUGUUAACACAGAUAAUGCUUGGAACAUUGGAUGUAAUGUCAAUUAGACAGUAGGUGUUACUUUAUAGGCCAGGGUGCCUCUUAUCCAGAGCGACUUACAUUAGUGCAUUCUUCUUAUGAUAGCUGCACUCUUACAAAAAAAAGGGUUCCAAACGGGUUCUUUGGCUGUCCCCAUAGGAGAACCCUUUUUGGUUCUAGGUAGAACCCUUUUUGAGGUUCUAUGUAGAACCCUCUGUGGAAAGGGUUCUACAUGGAAGUCAAAAGUGUUCUACCUGGAACCAAAAUGGGUUCUUCAAAGGGUUCUCCUAUGGGGAUAGCCAAAGAACCCUUAGGUUCUAGAUAGCACUUUUUUUAAAGAGUGUAGGCGAGACAACCCCUCCACCCAUCACGGGCUCAGUGAGAGUGACUACACAAAAACAAUAAAACCUCAACAAUACAACUUAGGGAAAACUAUCAUAUCAAAACAGUGAUUUAAAAAAAGUACUGUUUGUUUCACAAUUGUUUCAUAUCAUACAUGUUAUUGCUGAGUAAUACUGUAUGUAAGCAUGAGUUUUAAAUUAAUAUAUUUCUUUAUAUAUGUGUACAAUAUGUGAUCAGUAUGCUUUUAUGUAUGAAAGUAUGUAUAUUUAUAGAGAAAGGUAUGUGGAAAGAUAGGUUUGUUGUUGUUACAUGAUUCCAGCCUCUGGCGUCUGGCCUCUGCUCUGAAUGGGAGAGGAAGGGACUGGCAGCACCUAGUGAUUUAGCCUGAUACUCCUCAACAAUCCAUACUGAGCACUGACCAUCCCCAGUCCUCCUUUGUGAAGUCUCACAGAGAACAUUAUCACUGAGUGGUUUAAUAGUAAGAUAGAGAGGAGAAUUGAGCCAUGUAUACUGUGAGCACAAUGCUGGGUGUCAUCAUGAUGCCCAUAUUGUUGUCAUGAGAGCAACAGUCCAUUUACAGUGUAGCCAGUCAUAUGUGAUCAGAACAUUUGAGUGACCAAUAGAAACCAUGCAGCAGUGUGACAACCACAGAAGCAUUUUUAUCUCUAUCUCUGCCUGUAGUUAGAUCAUUAGAUGAUUGAAGAAUUCCAUUCGCCUCAGUUUGCAGUUUGAACUCUGCACUCUAUAGUAUAUGCAGUACAACAUAUUUAUACAUCUGGCUUUUUGUAAUACAUGUAUGUAUAUUGUAAAGGCCUGUUUCUUAUUCCAUAAGUAAAAGAUAAACUAUUAUAACUUAUUUUAUCAUGAUUUUUAUGCAUAAUGGUCUUUCCCGGCAAGUGUCAAUGGUGUGAUCUAUCGGUGUGUGUUGUCUCUCUUUCUGUCAUAUACACAUACAGUAUUCACAUGCUGAACAUUCUUCUCACAAAUACACAAACCACUGCCUCUCCUCCCCUUACACACGCUCCUGUUGUCUACACACGUGCCAACCCCAGGUACACAAAGUGAGAACACACACAUUGGGAUGUGUUGUACAACGAGUCCACUUUAUUUUGUCUUUUUAUCACCAUCAUCUUCAUCACUGUUUAUUUUGCAGGUGUUAUUUUAAAUUUGUAUUAUCAUCUUCGUCAUUCAUAUUAUUUUUUUUCAAUCAUAACACAAUUUGUUUUCAAAAUGUACACAUACAGUAGCAUAUCUUAAUGACCAUUUUUAAUGUUUCAUAUUUACUUUUCAAAUUAGGUCAAAUUAAAUGAGUAAGAAUUAAGUAUUAAAUGAACAUGUACAUACAAUUAUUCAAUACAUACAUACAUACAUAAUGAAAAUAAAUAUAGUUAUCAUAAAAACAUAAAAAUAAAAAUA